UUUUAACAAAAUAGUUCAUGUUCUUGAAACAAGCCCCAGGGGGACCAUGGCACUGGGCUGCACGAAGUGUCAGGCCAAAGAUUCAGAUUGUCGAGAAGUACAGGCACAGGAGGAGUGCGUGACUCAGCGUGGUCAAUUAGCUGACAAUCUCAACUGGGCACGGCACAGAAGUUCAUAGGAAGGGCGUGACGAUUUGUGAGCCAUGCGUUUCUGUGGAGUCUACUCCUGUUCCGAUCAGAGCGCCUGGCUGUGGCUUGAAUCAGAUCUGUCAAGGGCGACCCGGUCUUGUCCUCGCGUUUGAUCCAAUCCACUCCAGUUUUUCAGCAGGGGAUCGUGCGUUCUUGCUAGAUCUUGGCGUCGAGAGAACCAGGCCCAGUGACGACGACCCCCUCGAGGUAUGGGCAGCUGGAAUCGGUUUUCUUCUGCUCGUAUCUCUUUCUCCAUGUGCAUGGCAAUGUUGUGACAGUGGAAGAAUUGUUUGCGCAGUCAGUUGAUAUAACAAGGUCAAGUGAAAUGGGACAGGAGGAUACAGUGCAAUGAGAUCGUGAGAUGGAUUAUUUCCUCUCUGGACAAGGGUAAGAGAGCUAGUCGUUGAGUUCAGGAAAGGACGGAGCCACGCAGUUUACUUUGUAUGGGCUGCUGGUAAUGAGACAAAUGAGGCUGGUAAAAAUGAGCGAGAAUCGAAAGGAAGUUAAGGAUUGGAGGGUUGGAGCUCUUGGUCCUUGAUGACCAGCAAUAUGAUAAAACAGUGGAAUAUUGUCCUGGAAAAUACUCGAUCUCAUCAAAUAGUGUUUCUACAGAGACAUUCAAUUUCCUGGCAGUAAUGCCUCCUGACAGGAAACAAAGCAGGAUUUAACGAAGAACUAGAAAAAACUGCGGCAAUAAUUUUAUCGUAUUCCUUGUUGCUUCAGCUUUGUAUCGAUCCAGCUAAACUCGCCAGAGUUGUAUCCGUGGGCGAACGAUUCUCAGUUGCAAGAAGGGGAAUCCGCUCCUAGACGUGUGACAUUUUCAAUCAAGCUGGAUCUCCGAGUAGCUUUGGAUUAUGAACCCUCGCUUCAGUGAAAAUUGUGAAUCUCAACCGAUGGAAAAGCCUUUUUUCACCACGGGAGAUUCUGACGCUGGGAAAUUAUUUUUUUCCUCGCAGCCCGGCUACGUCGUGAUUGCCAGGACGAGCCGCCUCUUCACGCGAUUUGUCGAGUUGGAUGCUUCGUUUGGUAGCACCCUGUUCGGUACAAGUGCUAGUCUAAAACUGUCACAAAACCAGGUCUCAGGAAAAAGGAAUAUGGGGGCAGCACGAAGGAAGGAAGCAGCUGGUUCGGUGGUUUUAGUGACUGGUUGUAAGGAUGGUGGCAUUGGAUCUUUGUUGGCUAUGGUGUUUGCGGCAGCCGUAUGUCAUGUACUUGCAACACCGUGCUCCUUGAGUUCGGUGAUACGGUCGAAGAUGUCUCCUGGUAUCCAAACUAUGGAACUAGAUAUCACCACUUUGGACUCGGUCCUUGUUUAUCUUUCAGCUCAGUUUGAUAGCCUGAGUUGUAUAGAUCCAGUUAGAUGGCCUGAAGUGGGAUCAUGGAGCUGUGCCAGGUGAAUGCCGUUUGUUUGUUGGGGAACGGCGAUGCUAUUCGUACAAGGGGAUUGCUACACAAUCUCGCCUAUGAAGGUAUUAUGUCACAGCUGGAGUUGUCCAGACUGUAGAUCAAGAGCAUGGUGGAAUCGAUAUCUAGGUGACCAAUGCAGGAGUACCGUGUAUAGCGCCUAUUGCAGCUUGAGAGACAACAUCCAGAACCAACGUCCAUGGGCCACUCGCAGUGAUACAAGCUGUGCCUGUCAGGGAUGGCAUCUAAGAGUGAAGGGAAGAUAGUGAAUGCUGGGAGCACAAGCAGCUACGCCAAGGGCCAUGGGUUGGUGGAUCUUCUGCAUCGAAAGCCGCAGUCGAAUCCCCACAUAUGCUUUGAGGAUGGAUUUGAAGCCAGUCGGGUUAGAUGUGAUGCUCGUUCUGCCUGAGGCGAUCAGUUCUAAAUUUAUAUAAUUUUUUUUUGAAGAUAUUACCACCUCCAGUCUGAUUGAAGGACUCCAAAUUUACAAAUUAUGGAAGCCCACACUUCACAAGAGAAAGGGACCGUAUGAAGUGAGCCAUUCCACUAGAACGCAGGAGUCCGCGCAGAUGACAGUAAGAAAGACGUUGUCCAAAAAGGCCUCCCUACCGUUCUAUCUAUGCCCGAUCCACCACAUUGAUGGACCAAAUACACAACCUGCCUCUUUGGCUGUGUGACAAGGAAAAUUCUGUACCACUCUGUUCUUUUUUCUCUAGAAUAGAAAUGGAAGAGAGUUGCAUUGGCCUUAUCAACCAUGAUGGAGCUUCUUUACCCUGGUGGAAACAUGUUUGCCGGGUCAAAGGAAUCACUUGGAGUUUGAAGGGGAUUCUAAAUUUCAGAAUAUUAGGUUCGGAGAUAACCUGCUUGGAUUUGGUACACCGAAAGACAGCAGAAAUUCCUGAUUGGUGCAGAAAGUGUUUAAGACUUUUUUAAGUAAUGGACUUGAGAUAACUAAUCGAAGUACA